GAUGUGAGAACGGGAUUUUUGCUAGCGUAACGUGUUAUGCACCCAUUUGAGUAAGGUCGACGCGUUGUUGAUGCUCGUAAUCCUUCCAGGUUCCAUCGUAUAUCGGUGCCGACAACCCCUGCGAACUAAAUAUAACCUUGCCUUGCCUCCUUGCCUUGAUCUCUAAGAGACUGAUAUCUCUCUUGCGCCGUCCAUGCCCCUCUCUCGUCGGAUAUCGUAAGAUCGGCAACGGUGGCCCACUCCAUGCAACCCUAAAUUGAUCCUCGUACAUGAGCUUUGGCGCCAUUUUGCUGUAGGAUUUUCCUGGCAUGCUGGCAUGAAUCAAUCUUGACAUGCGUCGGAGAACACCAACCAACAAACACGAUUAGAUGUGAAUAAUUUCUCAACUUUAUGUGUCCAUCAUUGUUCGAGUCCGUUCUGGAGUCAACCACAUUACUCGGGCAAGAAAGAAUAGAUGAGUGGUGUUCGAAUGGGAGAAUCAUAUGCAUGUCACUCGCACCACAUCAACAAUAAACCCGUCUGGAAAAUCCGAUCCCACGCAUUCGCAUCUUCCCUACGUCACAGCCUCGAGCCGUAUCCGCAAAGGGAAACACAUGAUUUAAACUUCGACAUCGUACAUAUCACUUUAUCGAUUGCGAACGACCAGAGACACACGAGACCUCGUAAAAUCAACAACCGUACAAUUAUUAAUCUGGAGACAAUACUCUCUAAUCCCAUUUCUACAAUCGUCAAUUUUAAUGAACCAUCGCAAGAGCGAGAAACUCGGUCAUGAUGCGAAAUAAACAAUCGUCAUCGCUGCAAAAGACAUACGAUGAGUGUUAUUUGAUAUGUUCGACGGCGGUAUAUUUCGAAGGGAAGGGUAAUGAGUCGGAAGCGUUACGAUCAUGGCGCUCGGCGCUCGAUCAAAUCUAUUAUCACAAUGCAUAUCGAGUUCCCGCAGGUUAUACUCCCAAAUCAGAAACCGAAAAGGCUUUGAAGGAUAGUCUGAGGUCGAUGGAAAUGCAAUGCAAAGAACGUGUCGAUUUGUUAGAAGCGCUAAAAGCCUCGCGGGAAGAGAAGAACAACGGAGAAAAGACACCACCGGGAGAAACUAGCAGCGGUAGUGGCAGUGGAAGGCUCAAGUCAUUUUUGAAGUCUUCGCGAGCUUCCUCGGACUCUCAACGCCCUGCUGCAACAAGUAUGGGCAAUACAAUCGGGGAGGGUACAAUUCCUGCGGUCAAUUAUGAUGGUCUGCCGAAACCCACCCCGCCUCCAUUACCUCAACGACCUUCGAUGGCCCCAAAGAAUAGUUCGGAGAUGGCCGUUGUUGGUGGUGGUAGGAGUAUGUCAAGUUCUUCAAUUUCAUUACCAACAGCAUCAUCGAGGCCUUCCGCUCCAACAUCUCAUCCAUCAGUUCCUGCACCACAACACAAAAUGUCGAAAGAAUCAAGAAGUCCUAGCCCUGAAAAGGGAGGAAGAACAAUGCUUCAAACAUUAAGAUCGGGCGAUUCCAAGAAGAGUAAAAGUUCUCGAUCAAACAGAAAGAAAGAUGAGAAUCCUAUAACGAAUAAAGCUGCUACCCUGGCAUGGAAUACAAUGGGCAGAAAGGGGAAGGAUAAGGACAAAUUGGGUCGUUCGCAAGAUCCAGAGACUGACAGUAGCACAACAAACUUACAUGGUGACAAGCCCAGCUUUUCAGAUCCAUUGAAAGGAAAACAAGUGCCUCCGACUCCAGUCCGAUUUGAUAGCACAACAAGAACUCUAGUACCAGAUGUACGACCGCCGCGGAAAUCACCGCCAGAUUUAUUGACAGGCUUGAACGAUUUGGUCGGAGCUACAGGUCAAUCAAAUGGAUAUCCUUUCCCCCCAACAGAUCCAGGUCAACCAGGUGCCGUUGCUGGACAUUCUUUCACCACCGCGACCAUGAAAGACAUGAUUGGACUUGAUUCUCCACUUAUACCACAAGCUGUUGAGCCUAAUUUUGGCUCAUCGUCACAACCGCGACCAGCCGAAUCUUCUGCUACCGCGUUCGCACAGCUUAAGAAGGGACCUCCACCACCUCCACCUCACGCAAGACCACCAGGUAAAUUUGAACCAUUAAAAUACCCGACGUAUCUUCAAGAGUAUCCUGAUACAAUUGCCAAGAAAGGCAAUCCAGACAACAUACCGGUACCUCAGCGCAGGAGACCAGCUCCCAGACUAGAUUCGAACGCUGAACCUUCAGCGUCAUCAAAUCGCUUACAAAGAAAACCUGUAUCUGCGAACACUUCCUCACCAAGACGUUUAGAUGAUAACAAAAAGUCACGAGGGAAAGAACUUAGGCGAGUACACGGAGAUGAUACUUCGUCUCAAAGUGCAAAUGAUGAUACCAGCAAUGAAGAAUUGCGAACUCGGCCUAAAAGAAAGCAAAAACAGGUGGUAUCGCCAAUACUUGUUGAUGCUACAACGCCAACAUCUGAAGAGUCUAAUGAUUCUGCCACGGACAGGAUCAAGAGUGCGUGGGAUGAGAAGGUUAAGCAUCUCAUGAAGAAUUUGCCGAAAGGGGUUGAUGAAGGGGCUGCUAAACAGAUCUUCAAUGAAAUUGUAGUUCAAGGCGAUGAGGUACACUGGGAUGAUGUCGCUGGUCUGGAUGUUGCUAAGAAUGCGCUCAAAGAAGCCGUUGUUUAUCCAUUCCUACGACCAGAUCUGUUUAUGGGUCUUCGCGAACCAGCUCGUGGUAUGCUAUUAUUUGGUCCCCCAGGUACUGGUAAGACUAUGUUAGCAAGAGCGGUUGCUACCGAGUCGAAGUCUACUUUCUUCUCCAUCUCAGCUAGCAGUUUGACAAGUAAGUUCUUGGGUGAGUCCGAAAAACUUGUCCGAGCAUUGUUUUCUCUUGCCAAAGCACUUGCACCAAGUAUCAUUUUCGUCGAUGAAAUUGACUCUCUUCUUUCUGCACGAUCUGGAGGAGAGCAUGAAGCUACAAGGCGUAUUAAGACCGAAUUCCUGAUUCAGUGGAGUGAUUUACAAAGAGCUGCAGCUGGUAGGGAACAAACAGACAAGGAAAAGGAAAGAGGGGAUGCUAGUCGAGUAUUGGUACUUGCUGCAACAAACUUGCCUUGGGCUAUUGACGAAGCUGCAAGACGAAGAUUUGUGAGAAGGCAGUAUAUUCCUUUACCUGAGGAUGAGACUAGAGCCAAGCAAUUACAUACUUUACUGGGACAUCAAAAGCACGGGUUGAAAGAAGAGGACAUUGAUCACUUGGUCAGAUUGACCGAUGGGUUUUCGGGUUCUGAUAUUACAGCGUUAGCUAAAGAUGCGGCCAUGGGUCCUCUACGAUCUCUCGGGGAAAAGCUUUUGGAAAUGACUAUGGAUGAUAUUCGACCAAUGCAAAUUGAAGACUUUCAAGCUAGUUUGGUCAAUAUUAGACCAAGUGUAAGUAAGCAAGGACUGCAAGAAUUUGAGGAUUGGGCAAAAGAGUUUGGUGAACGUGGAGGUUAAGGUUAUGGUUAAGGCAAUGAUGGCAUGUGUAUAUGUGUAUGACUUAGUGUAUCAAUAUUUUAGCUUUUGGAUGGAUUUGGGAUCGGUAUACAAUAGGGUCCAUGGGUUUAAGGAAUCCGGGAGGUGCAUGGGAAGGUUCCGGGUAACUGGAGAGCAUAGGUGGGACCGGGAGUUCAGCGUCUUGAGCAUGGAGUCCUGCGUUAGAAAAGCUGGUCUAACUGCUGUUACAAAACAUAGCUUAACAUAUUCAAUAGAGAUAUUACUUGA